GCUGUUCAACUCUCACAAAACCGCAGUGUGAAAAGCAAGAAACCAGCAGCGUGAAGUGGAAGCGUGUCUCUAACCAGCGUUCUCCGUCUUUUCAGAUUUACCAAGAACCGAAAAACGACGGCGAGUGCCUGAGCAACAUAAAGGAGUUUCUCAAGGGCUGCACAUCGUUCCGCGUCGAGCCAUUCGAGGCGAGUGACCUGCUGCUAGGACUGAACUUCUCAAAGGUGCUGAGCAGUCUCGUAGGGCUGAAUAAAGUGACGGCAGACAUUGGCGUGGGCAGUGAUUCAGUGUGUGCCCGACACUCUUCAGCUCACCGCAUCAAGUCUUUUGAGUCGCUGUCCUCUCAGGCUUCACUGGCCCGGUCCUCCAAGCUGCUGCAAAACCAGUUUCGCAGUCUGGACAUGUCAGAAAACAGUGGACAACAGCUGCUGGUGAAGGCGCGUUUCAACUUCCAGCAGAACAACGAGGAUGAGCUCACCUUUAACAAGGGUGAUAUCAUCAGUGUGACUCGUCAGGAGGACGGUGGCUGGUGGGAGGGGAUGUUCAAUGGCAGGUCCGGGUGGUUUCCUAGCAACUAUGUCCGUGAAGUCAAAGGCUCUGACAAACAAGUGUCUCCCAAGUCCGGCACCCUUAAAAGCCCGCCUAAAGGCUUUGACACUUCUGCAAUCAGCAAGACAUACUAUAACUUGGUUUUGCAGAACAUUUUAGAAACAGAGACAGAAUACUCCAAGGACCUUCAGAGCCUCAUGACGAACUACCUGCGACCUCUUCAGAGCAUUGACAAACUGAGCAGCUCAGAUGUGUCUCUGAUUCUGGGCAACCUCGAGGAGAUCAGCACCUUCCAGCAGAUGCUCGUCCAGUCUCUGGAGGAGUGCACUAAGCUUCCAGAAAGUCAGCAAAGGGUGGGGGGCUUCUUUCUCAACCUCAUGCCACAGAUGAAGGCUCUUUAUGUUGGUUACUGCUCCAACCACCCCUCUGCAGUGAAUGUGCUCACCCAGCAUGGUGAGGUUUUGGGGGAGUUUAUGGAGGGAAGGGGUGCUGUCACUCCUGGGAUCCUCACCCUGACCACAGGCCUCAGUAAACCCUUUAUGAGACUGGACAAAUACCCCACCUUACUCAAAGAGCUGGAGAGGCACAUGGAGGAGAGUCUUCCUGACAGACCUGACAUUCAGAAGUGCAUGGCGUCUUUCAAAAAUCUGUCUGCCCAGUGCCAGGAGGUGAGAAAACGUAAGGAGCUGGAGCUGCAGAUUCUUACUGAGUCCAUCCGGCUGUGGGAGGGCGACGACAUUAAGACCCUGGGCUCUGUGCUGUACAUGAGCCAGGUCAUAGUCCACAGUCCUGGGUCAGAGGAGAAAAGUGAGCGUUACCUCAUGCUCUUCCCCCACGUUCUCCUCAUGUUGUCUGCCAGCCCGAGGAUGAGUGGCUUCAUAUUCCAGGGAAAAUUGCCUCUGGCCAGUAUGACGGUGACCAAACUAGAAGACUGUGAAGCCCAUAAAAAUGCCUUUGAGCUCAGUGGUACAAUGUUUGACCGUCUUCUGGUGGCAUGCACCAACCAGCAGGACCUGCAGGACUGGGUGGAACACCUGACCCGACAGAUCAAACACACUGCAGCCACAGCACCCAGCCACAAACCGCUCACUGUUCCCUGCCACACGCUCCCAUCUCACCCUGUCACCCCAUCCCGGCAUGCUGAGGGAAGGGCCAUGACAGUGGCCCCCACCUACCACACCCUGCCUCACCCCUCCUCCCAUGGAACGUCCCACAGCACCAUGAUGUGGGGUCCACUGGAACCCCCAAACACCCCCAAACCCUGGAGCCUGAGCUGCCUGCGGCCUGCACCCCCACUACGGCCCUCUGCCGCCCUCUGCUACAAGGAGGAUCUUAGUAAAAGUCCUAAGAGUGUCAAGAAACUCCUGCCCAAGCGCAAGCCUGAGAGGAAGCAGUCUGAGGAGGAAUUUGCCUUGAGGAAGAGCACAGCUGCUCUGGAAGAAGACGCCCAGAUCCUAAAAGUUAUUGAGGCAUACUGCACCAGUGCCAAAACCAGGCAGACUCUUAACUCCACCUGGCAGGGCACUGACUUGAUGCACAACCACGUGCUGGCUGACGUGGACCGGUCCUGCGUGGACUCGCCGGGCCGCCGUAGCAGCAUGUCAAGGCCAGAAUUGACCUCUGACCUUUCGGAGGACUCUGACUAUGACUCCAUUUGGACCACCCACACUUACAGGAUGGGUUCAGUGCCGCGACCACGAAGAGAAACAGGUCUACAUGUGAUCAUCCCCGGAGAGGAGAGAGUCCUGGAUUCCAGUCGCAAUGGACAAAGCACAGCAGAAGAGAAGAGCCUAGUGGAUGUGGUAUAUGCCCUGAGGGAUGAGGUUCAAGAGCUAAAACAGGAUAAUAAGAAGAUGAAGAGGUCACUGGAAGAAGAGCAGAGAGCACGCAAGGAUCUAGAAAAGGUUGUGAGGAGGGUGUUGAAGAGCAUGAAUGACCCAACAUGGGAUGAGACAAACCUGUGAUGCUCUUGUGUGCCUCCAUCUGAAGUGGAGUGUGUAUAUGUAAGGGCUUGCUUGCGCUGUGUGUGCAUGAGAAACUCAUGUAAUUUCAGGUUGGUUGUGUGAGCAAGAGAGCAAGAGUGCUGUACAAAUUGAGCUGUGAUGUUGAACAGGGUCAACUAUCUACUCCCCAAAAACAUUCCUCCAACACUAAGCAAGAAGGUGAAGAGAUCGCAAACAUCCUCCUCUGUAUGUCCCAUCACUUCAACAUACAUCUUUAGUCUUUUUGGCAUGUUCAGCCUGGCUGGAAGACCACUGGAGCUGCUCUCCCUGUGUUUACAAUCAUUUAACAGAACACUGUCCAGUGGUACAGAAACGGUAUUUACACAAAGCCUUGGGACAAGUGUGAACUUCAACCCCAUGACAUUUCAUGACUUCUUAUUUAAUUUUCUGUGAAUUGAUUCUUGUUGGGUCUCUUCCACUUACAUGAAUUCAUCUUUUGUGUUAUCUCCCACUUUUUGACCACUCCACAAUUUGACUGUCUUUUGGGGCAUCCUAAGGGAAUUGUACAGAGAUAUUGAACUUGUACUGUAUAAUGUAAAUACUGCAAAAAGAUGAGCCUUUGUCCAUUGGGAGAAAUAAAUGGGUUUUUGGAAGAAUGACUUUGAAAUGCCACUAAAUAUAUUCCAA